AACCCACCAGAAACAGUCUGCGGAGAGAGAGGGAGAGGGAGAAACGCAUCCUGAGCGCUGGUAGUGCAGAGUCGCUGCUGCGCUACAUCCUGACGGAAAUAGGCAACAACCAAAACAGGAGAGAAGACAAAACAUCACAAUGUAAAGGUCGGGUUGUUGAACGGGGCUUGGUUUCCCGGUGCUCGCCCUCGGUGUGAACCACCUUCCACGCGAUGCGGACAGCAGCGAUGCGGCGCUGCUAAGCUGCGCGGUGGGUGAGGACAGACAGCAGAGGAGCCUCUCAGCCAUUACAGCAUCCAGCAGCAGCGCACAGCCCGCGGAUUAUGUGCUUCUACUCCUUCCCCUUCUCCAUCCUGUCUCGGUUAAAGGAAUCGACCGAAAAGAUCCUGACAGAUUAAAGACGUUUAUUUCCCGCAGAAGCAGCGCCAGGAGCCAGAAGAAUCAAGAUGAAAUUCCCCACUGAGAAUCCGAGAAAGCCGGGGAGCAUGAACCCCCCACCAGUGGAAGUCCAGACCAACCUGAUCCCCCCCAAGAAGAUGCAGCCAGGCAUGCUUCAGUCUAGCCUGGUGCACGCCAGCGUGGCCACCAUGCAGAACCCGAUGGGUUGCUCUCUGCCACGGCUCUCUGUCUCCUCCCGCCCCCCCAGCAUGGUGACCAGCAUGGAGGCAGUGGCUGACGGCACGGCCUCCUUCACCAUGAUGAAGCUGAAGACGGUGCUGGCGGUGUUCGUGGUGGUGGUGGCCUACCUGGUGGCAGGGGGCUUGGUGUUCCGGGCGCUGGAGCAGCCAUUUGAAAACAACCAGAAGAUCACCAUCACGGCAGAGAAGGCAGCCUUUCUUCACAAACACCCGUGUGUGUCCCCGGACGAGCUGGAAGCUCUCAUCAAGCACUCUGUGGAUGCGGUGAAUGCCGGAGUGAAUCCCAUCGGUGAUACCUCCUACAACUCCAGCCACUGGGACCUGGGGAGUGCCUUCUUCUUUGCUGGGACAGUCAUCACAACCAUCGGGUACGGUAACAUCGCCCCAAGCACUGAGGGAGGGAAAAUUUUCUGCAUCCUGUAUGCAAUAUUUGGAAUCCCGCUGUUUGGAUUCCUCCUGGCAGGUGUCGGGGAUCAGCUCGGUACCAUAUUUGUCAAAAGCAUCGCCAAGGUGGAGAAGAUGUUCCGGAAUAAACACAACCAGAUCAGUCAGACUAAAAUCCGCGUGGCCUCCACCCUCCUCUUCAUCCUGGUUGGCUGCAUCUUGUUCGUCACCAUCCCCGCUGUGAUCUUCAAACACAUCGAGGGCUGGACGGCUCUGGAGUCAACGUAUUUUGUUGUCAUCACUCUGACAACAGUUGGAAUAGGUGACUAUGUGGCAGGGGGAGACCGAAGGAUCGAGUACCGGAAGUGGUACAGACCACUGGUGUGGUUCUGGAUCCUGGGUGGUCUAGCCUACUUUGCUGCUGUGCUGAACAUGAUUGGUGACUGGCUGAGGGUGCUGUCCAAAAAGACAAAAGAAGAGGUUGGAGAGAUCAAGGCUCAUGCAGCAGAAUGGAAAGCCAACGUGCGAGCAGAGUUCCGAGAGACGCGUCGGCGUAUGAGCGUCGAGGUCCACGACAAGCUGCAGCGAGCCGCCACCAUUCGGAGCAUGGAGAGACGACAGCUGGGCUUGGACCAGCGUGCUGUAUCCUUAGACAUGCUUUCCCCAGAGCGAAGGGCCAUCUUCAACAGCCUGGACACCAACAGCUAUAAGACCUCCUCCCAGGAGAGCAUUGACUCCAAGCUCAACAACCUACGGCUACGAGGGGCUGAACAGUGUGACCGAAACUCCAACCACCAGACCACAUCUGAGGAUAACAUUUUCAACCGCCUGGGCUCCGUCACCAAGCUGGCCAAGCGCAACAGAAAUCGGGAACUAAAGAAGAACAUCCCAGACGAGGCUCGGAGGCCUCACAGCGAGGCCUACGGCUGCAGCAUGUCCACAUUCGACUGCAGCCCACCUGCUGUAGAUGAAGGGAAAAGGAAGGACGAAGCAGAAGAUGAAAAUGAAGACAAGGAGUGCAACACUAGCUUGUCUGAUUUUCCACUGUUUGUGGAUGCUUGCAAGCCUCAUAAUGGGUUAGUUCUGGGGCAGACCAAAGAGAACGACAGUGAGAAAACGCUUGAAACAAAAGAGCUUCAUAUUCAAAUGGGCCCAUAGACAGUGUGUCUUUGUACAAAAGGAGGUUUUAAAAACCGCCAUUAGUGCCUUAGUUCGUCCUUAA